AUGCAUCCGCUUACGCCCCUCCUACCAAAUGAGAUCACUGCCUGCUGCGCGAUCCUAAAAGCCGGCUUCCCACUGCCCGCAGGCAACGAGUUCCAGUUCAAAGCCAUCGCCCUUCGAGAGCCCAUAAAAGCCAGUCUACUGGCAUGGAACGAAGGCGCCGGUCCCGGGCCGCUGCCCGCCCGUGAGGGUUACCUCUGCUACUACAUCCGCAACACGGACAAGCUCUACGAGGCGAUCGUGGAUCUUGGGAAGUCGCGGCUCACGAGCAACUCGCGCGUCAAGGACGGGUUCCAUGGCCCCGCAGAUGGCCCCGAGAUCGUGGCGAUGGAGAAGGUGGCGCUUGCGGAUCCUGGCGUGCAGGAGGAGCUCAAGAAACUGCGUUUGCCCGAAGGAAGUGUCGUGGUGUCCGACCCAUGGAUCUAUGGCUCCGACGGCGUUAACGACUCGAGGCGGCAGUUUCAGUGCUAUCUCUACCUGCAGUCGCCGCACGGCGAGAAUGAUCCCGACUCGAAUCACUACGCGUUUCCCCUUUCGAUCAGUCCCGUCGUGGACGUCGAGACUAUGAAGGUGGUCAGGAUCGAAAACCUGCCAACCGGCACUGAUCACACGCCUACUCUGCCGAAGCCGUAUCGGGUUCCGCCUCCGUCCGAGUACACCCCCGAGCACCAGAACCUGCGCACAGAUCUGAAGCCUCUGCACGUGGUGCAGCCGGAAGGAGCGAGUUUCACCGUCACGGAAGAGAUCCGAGACAGUGGUAGCGCCGUGAUCGAGUGGCAGAAGUGGAAGCUGAGGACGGGAUUCAACCACCGCGAAGGCAUGGUGUUGUACAACAUCUCGUACGAUGGCCGAGAUAUCGUAUGGAGGAUUGCGCUCAGCGACAUGUCGAUUCCGUAUGCCGACCCGCGCUCCCCCUACCACAAGAAACAGGCGUUUGACCUGGGAGAUGCGGGUGCCGGCGUAAUGGCGAACAACCUCAAACUCGGCUGCGACUGCCUCGGCUCGAUCCACUAUCUCUCCUCGAACCUCUCGAUAGAAACCGGCGAGGUCUUGGAAAUGCCAAACGUGAUGUGCAUCCACGAGCAGGACGCGGGCAUCGGCUUCAAGCACAUAAACUACCGCACGGGCCGGGCGGUCGUUACCCGCUCCCGCGAGCUGGUAAUCCAAAGCAUCAUCACGGUCAGCAACUACGAGUACAUCCUGGCGUUCAUCUUCGGCCAGAGCGGGGAAUUCCACUACGAAGUUCGUGCCACCGGCAUCCUCUCCACCUCGCCGAUCGAGCACGGCCUCGAGGUGCCGUGGGGAACCGUCGUCCACCCCGGGGUCCUCGCCGCCCACCACCAACACAUCUUCUCCCUGCGCCUGGACCCCGCGAUCGACGGGCAAGGCAACAAAGUCGUCGUCGAAGAAGCGGUCGCACUCCCGGUGCACCCAGACACCAAUCCCUACGGAGUAGGCUACAUCACGCGGGAAACCGAGAUCACCGUACCAGGCGGACACGACACGGCCACAGCGCUCAACCGCACAUUCAAGAUCCAAUCGACUCGCGCGCGCAACCCGAUCAACAACAAAUCCACGGGCUACAAGAUCGCGGUCCCGCCGUUCCAAAAGCUCCUCGCCGACAAGAACAGCUUCCACUUCAAGCGCGCCGAGUUCGGCGACAACGCCGUCUAUGUCACCAAGUACCGCGAGGGCGAGCUGUUCUCUGCCGGGAAGUGGACGAAUCAGUCGCGUGGCGGCGAGGGCGUGCGCGGGUGGGCGGCCCGCAAAGAAGAAAUCGAUGGCGAGCCAGUCGUGUUCGUUCAGUUCGGGAUUAACCACAUCCCGAGGAUAGAGGACUUCCCUGUCAUGCCAUGUGAGAUCUUGAAGGUCUCGUUUAAGCCGGUUAACUUCUUCGAUAAGAACCCGGGGCUAGACGUGCCCCCAAGCACGCAGCAGUUCAACCAGAGCGUUCUACUAAGUGCGAAGCAUGCGCAGGGUGCUGGUGAAGGCGCGGUGGUGAAUAAGGAACAUGAGCUAGAGGUCAAGAAUGGGAAUGGGUGCUGUGCGCAGGAGUCAUAG